AUAGACAAGAUGCUGUGUAGAAUGGCCCUCAUCCAGAUGUCCUGGAUGCUGCUCUCCUGCCUGAUGCUCUUCCCUCAGGUGCAAGGUGAAAAUGUCAAGGAAAAUGUGCCAUCUUCACGAAUCAGCUGCCCCAAGGGCUCCCAAGCCUAUGGCUCCUACUGCUAUGUUUUGUUUAGGAUUCCUAAGUCAUGGUUUGAUGCAGAUUUGGCUUGCCAGAAGCGGCCCGCAGGACACCUUGCGUCUGUGCUCAGUGGAUCUGAGGCUUCCUUUGUGUCCUCCAUGGUUAAAAGCAGUGUGAACAGUGGCCAAUAUGUGUGGAUUGGGCUCCAUGACCCAACACUGGGACAAGAACCCAAUGGAGGUGGAUGGGAGUGGAGUAAUGCUGAUGUGAUGAACUUCUUCAACUGGGACAUUCCUCCUUCCAGUGCUUCAGGAGGUCACUGUGGUAGCCUGUCACGAAAUUCAGGAUUUCUGAAGUGGAAAGAUAAUUAUUGUGACAUGGAGUUACCCUAUGUCUGCAAGUUCAAAGCCUAAAAUUUCAGAGUUAGCACCCUGAGUUUAGUAUGCACCUCAUCAAGAUCAAGAACCCAAGUGUGAAGACGGAUGCAAGAAAGGAACAUCCUUCUGACUCCAAACCUGACCUUCUGUGAUUUUCUCCUCUUCUGCUCUUUCCUCAUUUCCAUUUGAGGCUCUUUUGUGUGUACUGAGGCCUGAAUUCUCAGAGUACAAUAAUAAAUUAUAUGACUUAUAGCAA